AUGGAUCAAAGUUGUUCGACAAAUUACGCAUAUAUUACAUGUUGUUUAAUUAUUGCAAUUAAUAUAGUUUAUUUUAUUUUUACAUUAAUUAAACUAUAUAUUCAACAUCAACGACGACGAUUAUCAAGAUAUAAUCAAAAAAUGACAGAUAAAUCAAAUGAUAUAACAACAAGAAUUACAACAUCAACGACAAAAACUGGUUUAGAACGUCUUGCUCAACUCUAUCCACAUAUUAGUGACGAUACACCAUUACCAUCAAAAUGGAAUUCAAAAGAAAAAGCACCGACUUUAGUUCUUCAACAAAAUAAUCUUGUUGUUACAUAUAAAGGACCUGGCAAAUCACAUAAAGAUGCUGCUAGUGUUCGUUCUGAUCAUCCCAUUCCAUCACUUACUGGAAUUUAUUAUUAUGAAGUGAGAAUUUUAAGCAAAGGCCGUGAUGGAUAUAUGGGUAUUGGACUAUCAACGAGUGAUGUAAAUCUUAAUCGUUUACCAGGAUGGGAUAAAGGCUCAUAUGGUUAUCAUGGUGAUGAUGGUCAUUCAUUUUGUUCAUCAGGUUCCGGUAUUGCUUAUGGGCCAACAUUUACUACUGGCGAUUAUGUUGGUUGUUGUAUUAAUUUUCUUGAAAAUUUCUGUUUUUAUACUUGUAAUGGUUAUAAUAUUGGUACAUCUUUCAAAGAUAUACCGUCAGAAAUCUAUCCAACCGUAGGUUUACAAACUCCACUCGAAGCUAUUGAAGCUAAUUUUGGUCUUAGUCCAUUUAAAUUUGAUAUAGACAAAUAUAUGGAUGAAUUUCGAGAAAAAACUCGUCGAGGAAUAGUAGAAUGUACAUUGAAAGAAAAUGAAUUAUUACAUCAAACACAAUUACGUCGUAUUGUUUCAACUUAUCUUGUUCAUUAUGGUUAUUGUGCUACAGCUGAACAAUUUAAUAAAAAUGCUGAAAGUGUUUAUGCUGAUGAACUUAAUUCAAUGCGUAAUAGACAACUUAUUCAACAUUUAAUUCUUGAAGGUCGUACAACAGAUGCAAUUGAAAAAACAAAAGAACUAUUUCCUACAUUGCUCAAUAAUAAAAACCUUUUAUUUGUACUUAAAGUUCGUCAAUUUAUUGAAAUGAUAAAUGGAACUGAAAGCGAAAUUUCUACACCGUCCAUAUCCUCACAAACAACAAAAUCAUUAGCAUUAAAUCGUUCACUCUGUAGUAAACGUUCAUCAUCACCUAUGACAAAAUCAAAUACAUCUUCACGUUCACGUUCUAAUAGUCCACAUACAUCCAGAACGACUUCAGGGUUGCAACAACAACAACAACAUAGUAAUGGAACAAUCAAUUCUUGUUCACAUCAAUCAAAUACAAAUAAUAAUGAUGUAUCUCAAGAAAUUAAUUCAACAGUAAAUUUAUUGCCAUCAAAUAAUAUUGUUACUAAUCUUAUGGAUAUGGAUGAUGAUCUUUCUGGUAAUAGUACAACAAAUGGUUUUAGCAAUCAUGGAACAGUAUCCGCAAAUCAAAUUUCUAAUGGUCAUUCACUAUUAGAUGAUGAUAAUAAUAAUAAUAAUAUAAACAGUAAUGGAUGUUCAAUAAAAACAACAGAAGUUCUUGAUGGAAUGGAUUGUGAUGGUAAUGGUAAUUUAACUCAUACAAUGGAUAUGGAAGCAACUUUAUCAGAUGGACAAAAAGAAGAUGAUCAACUACUUAUUAGAAUUCUUCAAUUUGGUAGAGAAUUGCAUGCACUUAAACAACAACUAAGUGUUGAAUACGGAGAAAAUACACAAAAUGAUAAAACUCUACAAGAUGCAUUUAGUUUAUUAGCAUAUCCAGAUCCAAAAUUAUCACCACUUGCUCAUCUAUUAGAACCAUCUCAACGUGAAUCUGUUUCCAGUGUACUUAAUAGUGCCAUACUUGAAGCACAUGAUAUGCCUAGACACCCGGCGCUCGAAGUACUUGUUGGUUACUUAAAUGAAUGUGACAAAUUAAUGCAUAAAAACAAUGUACCUGAUUGUGCCUUCAUUGAAUUGAACAAAUAUCUACGAUAA